AUGUCUGAGCAGGAUAAGAAGGACCAAAAAAGAAACGAGGUUAGAUUUAUAAAUUCUUUCUUUUUGGCAUUCAUGUUUCAAAGUCUGACCCCCAGGUUCAAUUAUCAGGAAAUCCGCCGUAAGAGCACGAAGGAGACUCAGGAUAUGAAGGAAGAACUUCAACGAAAAGAACAGUUGAAGGAAGCAGCUAAAAAGAAGCGUGAGAAACAAGAAGAAAUUGAAGCAAAGGCACGGAUAAAGGCCAAGAUCGAAGCAGACAAGCAGGCUCGGAAAUUGAAGGCAGAGAAAGAAAAAGCGGAACGAGAAGGUCGUGUUCUGGAGGAACAAAAGGCACAGCCUACACCAGCUGCAGCUCCAGUGGCCUCAAAGCCAGCUUCAGCAUAUACAGAGACGAGACUGCGACUGAUGACACCAUCCGGGAAUGUCAUCAAGUCCUUCCCUGUUGAUACCACCCUCUUUGAGGUUGCCGCCGCUCUACAGCAGGAAGGGAAUCAGGUGAAUAGCUUUACACAGACGUUUCCAAAGAAGGUUUUCAAUCAGGAAGACUUUGGGGCUACGUUAAAAGAGCUGGGUUUUGUGCCAAGUGGAAGCCUUAUCGUGGGCUGA